UUCAUACCUAGUCAAGAGCUAUGGCUUAUUCCAGGUGUAUUGUGUUGCUUCUCAUUUGUGCUGUAGCUCCCAUGGUUUACAGUAACUUCUAUCAGGAUAUAGAUGUGUUCUGGGGCGAAGAUCAUGUCUACAUACUCAACAAUGGCCAGGACUUACAGCUUACUCUCGAUGAAUCUUCUGGUUCGGGAAUCCAGUCAAAGCAGGAGUUUCUGUUUGGGAAAUUUGAUAUGCGUAUGAAGUUAGCAGGUGGAGAUUCUGCAGGCACAGUUACUACAUUUUAUUUCCAUUCCGGAGGAGACGUGCAUGAUGAGAUAGAUUUUGAAUUCCUGGGAAACAGUUCAGGGCAACCAUACAUCCUGCACACUAAUAUCUUUGUCGGAGGUGUAGGUGGCAGAGAGCAACGAUUUUAUUUAUGGUUUGAUCCUACUGCUGACUACAAUACAUACACAGUCAUCUGGAAUCCCUCUCAGAUCCUGUUACUGGUAGAUGGAAUUCCUAUCAGAGUGUUUGGCAACUUUGAAGGAGCAGGUGUGCCAUAUCCUAAUGAGAAGCCGAUGAGAAUGUUUUCAAGCUUGUAUAAUGGAGAUCAGUGGGCAACACAAGGAGGCAGAGUGAAAAUUGACUUUUCCCAUGCACCAUUUGUGGCCUCCUUCUCCAAUAUCACACUUGAAGGCUGUGUGUGGAAUGUGGGGGACUUUAAUGGCAGCCUUGCUUUGUGUACCUCCCCUACCCAGGGAAAUCACUGGUGGGAUGGACCAGAGUUUAGCAGUUUGAACUAUGCCCAGCAGGGACAGUUGAAGUGGGUUCGUGAUAAUUAUCUUCUUUAUGAUUAUUGUGAUGAUCUACCCAGAUUCAAUUACACUCAGCUUCCUGCUGAAUGUUCAUUCCAAGUGCAAUACUGA